AUGAAUCGGGGUGGUCGGUCUAACAAGGCGAUUGUACAGCCCAUUAAAACUCCUGUCCAAAUAUGGUUAUACGAACAGAGUAAUUUGAGAAUUGAAGGCCGAAUCGUUGGAUUCGAUGAGUACAUGAACCUUGUACUGGUGGAAGCCUGUGAAAGACAUAUGAAGUCGGGCGCUAAAAAAAUGAUUGGUCGAAUUCUCCUAAAGGGUGAAACCAUCACAUUGAUACAGAAACUUCCUCAGUAA